GCGAGUUUCUGACGCCAGCGUAUUGUUCAUUCCUCAUCUACAUAAGAUUCAACAGCCUAAUACAUUUUCAAAAUGUCGGACUUUGACAACAACCCGUUUGCGGAUCCAGUGAACGAUAACCCAUUUCACGACCCAUCCGUCACACAAGUGACCAACUCUACACUAGACCCGGUCGAUGGUUUCAACCCUUUCCCCACAGACAGCCAAGCCACUCAUACCGAACCAGCGUCCACUUUUCCCUACCAGCCGGCUGUGCUGCAGCCUUCCACAGAGCCCAGUCCACAGGCAAUAGCAGCUGCAGCCCAGGCCAACCUGCUGAGACAGCAGGAGGAGCUGGAGAGAAAGGCCGCCGAGCUGGAGCGCAGGGAGCAGGAGCUGCAAAGCAGAGGCGUCACAGGCAAAGAGAACAACUGGCCCCCACUCCCCAGGAACUUCCCCAUCAAACCCUGCUUCUACCAGGACUUCUCAGAGGAGAUCCCGCUGGAGCACCAGAGGCUCUGCAAGAUGCUGUACUACCUGUGGAUGUUUCACUGUGUGACUCUGUUCCUGAACCUGCUGGCAUGCCUGGCUUAUUUCACCACCGACCCAGCCUACGGCGUUGACUUCGGCCUGUCCAUCCUCUGGCUCAUCCUCUUUGCCCCCUGCUCCUUUAUCUGCUGGUACCGGCCAGUCUACAAGGCCUUCAAGUCUGACAGCUCCUUUAGCUUCUUCUUCUUCUUCUUUGUGUUUUUCUGCCAAGUGGUGGUCUUCAUCAUCCAAUCCGUGGGCAUCCCAAAGUGGGGUAACAGUGGCUGGAUUGCUUCACUGACCAUCAUUCGUGCAAACAAGGCAGUUGGAGCCAUCAUGAUGGUGGUAGCCACCUUCUUCACCGUCUGUGCUGUGCUGUCGGUCAUCCUGCUCAAGAUGGUUCACAGCCACUAUCGCCAUACAGGGGCCAGCUUUCAGAAGGCCCAGCAGGAAUUCUCCCAGGGGGUCCUCAGCAAUAAAACCUUUCAGUCAGCUGCUGCCACAGCAGUGUCCUCCACUGCCCAGGGAAACUAAUGCCCAGACAAGGCUAACUUUGUAAGGCUAGCCUAACUUUGUAAGGCUAGGCUAGGUCAAGGUCUAUAGAUUUACCCAGCCCAGAAAAACAACAAAGUGAUUGAGUUUAAUCACUGUAGAGACAAUAAGGAAGGUGAUUUUUUUUUUUAUGCCUACGCUGACCCCCACUGACUGGUACACUGAGGUGAAAACAACUCUUCCCUGGCGCCACAUGGAUCGUUGUGUUCCUGAGAGUUCACAAUGAGCGCGGAGCCAGCAGUGAUGCAAAAAUAGUUGUUUGUGGUGGCUGCAUUAACACACACACACACACACACAAAAAGUAACUCAAACUUGUAAUUUACAGACCUUGGGCUAGACUAGACUAAAAGCUUCCUACCCCCCUCCUCUCACCUGUAUUAUCAAUGCAUAUCCCCCUCCAGAGGUUCCCUGUGUUAACAUUGUUGUUCACAUUCAGCGUGUCCUCCACAGGGCUGAAGGCUAAGGUGGCAUCAUCUCUAGGCACUGGUGAGACAAGGUCUAAAAUCCAUUUUAAAGGGCAGUGGAGGGGAAAGUCUCCCAUGUAGUGCAGUUUGGGGUGGAAUGCAUGAAUGAAGUAGUUGACUGAUACUGCUAUUUCAGUGUGCCUUGGCUUGGUGUGUUAAGUGUGCAGUUUUGGCGAUGCUAUUCUGUUAAAAUUGUUUGUUUAUACUCCAAGGUUUGUGUGCGCGUGUGUGUGUGUGUGUCUGCGUGUGUGUAUGUGUGUGAGAGAGAGCUAGAGUUUCCCUCACCAAUGGUGAGCCCUCAUUCUAUAAGAUAAAGAUGAAGUGUAUUGUUUUUUUGUUGUUGUUUGUUUAGUGAUCCACAACUCUUUGCUCUUGUCUUUGUCCCAGUUCGACCCUUUUUCCUUUGUCACUUAAUUUCACCGUACAGAAGAGGAAGAACAAAUUAUCCCAAAAUCCCAUACCAGGUUAUCCCAUCAUGUGCCAUGCAUUUAGUCAGAGAUUUGGAUCAUAGCAUUACUGUAAUUACUGUAAUCCUAUAGAACAUGAGGGUCAAAAAGCUUUUUUGCAAAGAAAAAAAGAAAGCAUUAGUCGCUAGAUGUACAGGAUUUCAAAACUAUAGGUAGUACAUAUAAUUAUCUUGUUGAAAAUACUUGAGAUGGUUUUUUUAAUGAAAGUAUGCCUCAGACCCUGUAAGAUGAAUCGAUAUAUUUUAGAGAAAAUUUGCUCCCUUGCGUGUUUUAUCACACACUCAUGAGACAAAAGCAGGAACUUCUUGAAAUGAAAUGAUAAAACGCUGAUUCAUACCCAGAUGAGGGUCUCAGUGUCCCGUUUGCAGAGAAAAUUUAAAUGUUGCUCAUCAGAUGACUUCAUCCUUUACAGCAGCUGCAUCUGAAGUGAAUACAGGUUGUAGAAUGUGGCUCUCGCUUCGGCAGAGCCAUUUUUAUUACCAGGGCAUUGAACUGAUCUCACAUCUGCAGUAAAGGAGGCAAAUUGAAGGACGCAGCUUUGACCAAAUUAUUGAACAUUUCCUUUAUAAGGAGUUGUUUCUCUCAUUUGCUAUCAUGGUCAUUGGUUCCUAAGGCAAUCAACACAAUAUUACUCUGAAAAGUAAAACAAUAUCUAGAGUGUGAUGAUAAGAUGUUGCCGGGCAGAUCGACAGUUGCAAUAUAAACUACUGCUGUGAUGGUGGGGCAGGUUGAGACAAUCUGGCACAUCUAAAUUGACCAUAAAGAGUUCAAAGUUUUGUUUUUGGUAAGCUUUUUGUGAAUUCUCAAAGUGGUUGUACGUUUAGACAGUAACAAAAUCUGGAAAUUUGUGUAAAAGGUAUCAGUAAACAGUGAUAGCAUUCACAUCGCUCCGGUGAAUUGUCGGGGUCCUUAAUGACCGGCCAGCUACUAAAUAUCCCAUCUGUGGUUUUGGCGUGGAAUUUCUUUGAAGACUGGAUUUAAUUUGACAUUUUCACAUUUUUAAACAAAACCGUUCUUACACCACUUCCAGCAAUGUAACUAAGGUACUGAAAUGAUAUACAGGUUUCAGUUUGCCAUGGUAUUUAUCAUUUCAGCUAUGCACAAACGUUUUCACAUGUGUGGACUGAUUUAUAUUUUCUACGUGCUUGUUUUUUUUUUUUUUUUUUUUUGCGUUUUAAGACAUACAGAUGUUUAUGUAACAUAUUCAGUUUUAAAAUGUUUAUUUGGAUGUAAUAGAUAUUAGCAGGACUAAAGAAUAAAUCCUAAUUCAAAUAUUAAGGAAAUAACAUUCUAGCUACAGAUAACUGUUUAUUGUAAUGCUAAAUCACAUUUCGGGUUUUUUGUUUUGUUUUUUUUUUUGUUUUUUUUUUAUGAAGAUUUAACAAGUCCCAUCUGUGGAUACAUUGUACUGGGAGACUGAAAAUUUAGUGCCUUUUCUAUUUCAAUGCGGAAUAUAGCAUCCAAUAAAACUGCUUUGCUUUCA